AUGAAGUUUCUCUAUGUUUUUGCUGAAUACUGUCAUGACAUACAACCAGCCCUCUUCAUCACUGCACCAAAGGAGAUUGAAGCUCUGAGUGGAUCUUGUCUGGAAAUCCCAUGUAGUUUUAAAACAACAGAUCAGUUUGACGACGGCAUAAAUAUCAUUGCAGUCUGGAUGAAAAAUAAUUUAGCUUUUAGCAGUGAUUCAAAUGUAGUUAUUUUCAACAGCAGUAGGUCAGUAAACAAAUAUCCACUGAAUAUCACUGGAAACCUGAGAGAGAGAAACUGCACCACUCUGUUUCCUGAUUUAAAUACAAGUUAUACAGACAAAUACUUCUUCAGGAUUGAGAACGGACCGUUCAGAGCAACAGCUUGUGCUGAUCCUCUUCAAAUAAACGUUAAAGAUUCUCCUUGGAGUCCCAGCAUUAAUGUUCCCUCUGACCUGAAGGAGCAUCAGUCUGUCACUGUAACCUGCUCAGCUUUCACUCCCUGUCCACACUCACCUCCUCAACUCACCUGGAAUCUCCAACAAGACUCUCUCAGACAAACAGAGAAAAACACAGAUGGAACCUUUACAACUAAAAUCCAGGAGAACAUCACUCUGUCAGACACACAUGAUGGAUACAACAUCAGAUGUUCUGCCAGAUAUCCUGUGAUUGGAGGAAACAAGACAGCAGAGACAGAAGUGACUCUCAGUGUUUCAUAUGCUCCUAGAAACACCUCAGCAUCCAUCAGUCCAUCAGGUUUGGUGUCAGCAGGUAGCUGGGUGGAGCUGAGCUGCUCCAGCAGAGCCAAACCUCCACCCAGAUUCACCUGGUUCAGGAACAGCACAGAGGGAACAUUUAAUGUGUCUGUGGAGCAGGUUUACAGCUUCAAAGCUACUAAGGAAGAAACGUUUUACUGUGUGGCUACAAAUAAUGUGGGGAAUCAAAGAUCACAACUGAUCUCCAUCAGCAUGAAAAUUAGUCAUGAACAGAAAGAGAAAGGUUAAUAUUUAACUUAAUUA